AUGACAAACAUUGAGUUUGAAACAGUUAGAAAGAUAGACAAUGACACCAAAGUGGUUAGAAUCGGUGAUUUAAACGUAAGAUACUCAAAGAAAUACAACAAAUAUUCUUUGUCAGACAUUAUAUCUCCAUCUGGAAAGAAAGCAAAGGACUGGGUUAGAAUUGCUUCUACUCAGAAAAUUUUGACAAGAAAUCCUGAGCUUAUGAUAUCAGUAGCAUUUCAUGGAACAAGAGCAUAUCUUAUAGACAAAAGUCUUAUACCAAUAGUUUUGUUAUGGUUAGACCCAGUUGUUGGAUAUAACUUCAUAACAUAUGGUUCAUUCGAUACGGAACGUUGCAGUGAAGGCUUACUUUACAUCGUUCAGAAACCGAAGGACUUCAAUACAAAGAGAUAUAAGAUAGGAAGAACAUAUAAUAUAACUCAAAGAUAUGACAGUACAGUCAAUAGAGUCAAGGUUGU